AUGCGGCUCUCGUCUGGCGUCAUUGUGCCUAAGCAGGAGCCACAAGUAGAACCGGGCCCAUUACCUGAGUACUCGAGUACCGGUACAGUAACUCUGCCCCUCCACCCUUCUUCCUCGCCUUCUGGCUCACCCCUCUCCGAGUACCCUAUUCCUUACUCUCGACCAAUUUCAGCUUAUGCCAUAAACUUUAGAAUGCUCUCCCCUUGCCUCCCCCGCUUACUCGCGAGGGCGGCUCCAUGGCGUAGUUCGCCACCACUCUCCCGGGGCGUCACACGACUCUACCCACUUCGAUUAGGGCGGGGCUUCGCUUCAACUCAAUUUUUACUCCAAAACGAAAGCUCCGGGCCAAAAAAAGGUCUUCCAAUGUUUGCUCGGUCAGAGAAGCUCCCGGCACCCGCCGCAAACAAGCCAAUGCACUCGGAAUCCGUUUCGAAGACUCCGAAUUUACUUGGAGAACCAACCCUAACCACCCAGGAGCAACGGAGGGCAGAUUGGGGAAUUAUAAAGGAGAUGUCGACCUAUCUAUGGCCAAAAGGCAACCUUGGUGUCAAAGUCCGUGUAGGGCUCUCGCUAGGCCUUCUCGUCGGUGCGAAGAUUUUAAACGUCCAAGUACCAUUUUACUUCAAGACUAUAAUCGACUCCAUGAACGUGGACUUUUUGGCUCUCGGAGGAACAGUAUGGACCGCGGCCGGGUCUAUAAUAGUAGCAUAUGGCCUCGCCCGGAUAGGAUCAACCGCUUUCCAAGAAAUUAGGAACGCUGUGUUUGCCAAUGUCGCCCAGAAGGCUAUACGAAAAGUUGCCUGCAAUGUUUUCGAUCACUUGCUCCGAUUAGAUCUUAACUUCCAUCUUACCAGGCAGACUGGAGGCUUGAGUAGGGCUAUCGAUAGAGGAACAAAAGGAAUAAGCUUUUUGCUUACUUCCAUGGUUUUUCAUAUAUUUCCUAUAUUCCUUGAGAUAUCCAUGGUUUGCGGGAUAUUGACUUACAAAUUCGGGCCCAAUUUUGCUGCUGUGACCGCUGCUACCAUGCUGGCCUAUACAGUAUUCACAAUCAAAACGACCGCAUGGCGAACAAAAUUUAGAAAGCAAGCAAACGCAGCCGAUAACAAGGGAGCAACUGUGGCAGUUGAUUCACUGAUCAACUAUGAAGCCGUUAAGUAUUUCAACAAUGAGAAGUACGAAGUGGGCAGGUAUGACAAGGCCCUCAAAGGCUACGAGAGCGCAUCUAUCAAAGUAGCGACCUCCCUAGCCUUCCUAAACUUGGGGCAGAAUGUCAUCUUUUCGUCAGCCUUGACUGCCAUGAUGUACCUUGCUUGUCACGGUGUAAUUGAUGGAAACUUAACCGUCGGCGACCUAGUUAUGGCCAAUCAACUUGUCUUCCAGCUUUCGGUUCCCUUGAACUUCCUUGGCUCAGUGUACCGCGAGCUGAGGCAGUCCCUCCUGGACAUGGAGACUCUCUUCAACCUGCAAAAGGUGAACAUAGCAGUUAAGGACAAGCCCGACGCAAAGCCGUUGGAACUUAAAGGUGGUGAGAUUAGAUUCGAGAAUGUGACAUUCGGGUAUCACCCCGACAGAGCGAUUCUGAAAAACGUUACGUUCACGAUCCCAGCUGGGAAAAAGACGGCGAUUGUUGGUCCUAGUGGUUGCGGUAAAUCAACCAUCUUAAGGCUUCUCUUCCGAUUCUACGACGUCCAGGGCGGAAGGAUUCUUAUUGAUGGCCAGGAUAUCAGAGAUGUCACCCUGGAAUCGCUGAGAAGGAGUAUAGGCGUGGUGCCCCAAGAUACCCCAUUGUUCAAUAACACGAUCGAGCAUAACAUCCACUACGGCCGUAUAGACGCAACAGCAGAGCAGGUGCUUCAUGUCUCUAAGAGAGCAAGAAUCCAUGAUACUAUUUCUACUUUCCCGGAAGGUUACCAGACAAUGGUUGGUGAGCGAGGAAUGAUGAUCUCAGGUGGUGAAAAGCAACGCCUCGCUGUCUCGCGACUGCUCCUCAAAGACCCCCCACUACUAUUCUUCGACGAAGCCACCUCCGCCUUAGACACUCACACCGAGCAAGCCCUCCUAGGAAACAUCUCCUCUAUCCUAAAAGAGAAAGAGCGAACAAGCGUAUUCGUUGCGCAUCGCUUGCGUACCAUUUUCGACAGCGACCAAAUUAUAGUUUUGCGAGAUGGCUCGGUUGCAGAGCCUCCUGGGACACACGAGCAACUUAUCAAUUCUGGUGGCGUGUACAGUUCGCUUUGGGCAGGUGAGUUUUUUUUCCCCUUCCAAAAUGCCCUAUCCUGA